AAAAUUUUUCCCAAAUCCCCCUCUAAACGCAGCAUCUCUUCAUAGCCAUGUCAGAGGCCACCUCAGCCGCCGGAGCGCCGUCCGCCAAUGUAUUCCGGCCGCCAACCGCCAUGAUUCCCGGCGCCACCCCGUCCUCCGCAUCCAAUGUCAGUCAAGCCUUUCAAUUCUCUUCCGGAAACCCCAGAAUUGAAGAAACCAGAGGCUUCAUGCACCUCUACCGCAACGAUUUCGCAUCAUCGUCUCCUGAACUUCCUGUUGGAAGGAAAACUAUGGUUUGUGUGCUUGGAGUGCCAAAUCACAUGACAUAUGCAGAUUUCUGUCAGUUUUGCUCUUCAUUCAUUCAUCACAUGUUGGAAAUGCGAAUUGUCAGGAAUGAUGGAGUGGAGGAUAGGUAUAGUGUCUUGAUAAGGUUUGAUGAUCAGAGCUCAACUGAUGCUUUCUACAAGCAUUUCAAUGGGAGACGUUAUUCAUCUCUUGAGGUAGAGGCUUGCCGUGUACUUUUUACGAUUGAUGUACAGUACACUGGUUUAAUUGAACAUGCACAAACCUCGCCUGCUAGCUCCACAGAGCAGCCCACAUGUCCAGUCUGUCUUGAGAGAUUGGAGCAAGACAUGAGUGGAAUUCUCACAACUAUCUGCAAUCAUUCUUUCCAUUGCUCUUGCAUUUCUAAAUGGGCAGAUUCUUCUUGUCCCGUAUGCCGUUAUUGCCAGCAGCAGCCUGAAAAAUCAAUAUGUUUUGUUUGUCAGACAUCUGAGAAUCUCUGGAUUUGUGUUAUCUGUGGUUUUGUUGGUUGUGGAAGGUAUAAAGAAGGACAUUCUAUAAGGCAUUGGAAAGAAACACAACAUUGCUACUCCCUUGAAUUGGACACGCAACGAGUCUGGGAUUAUGCCGGAGACAACUAUGUUCACCGUUUGAUUCAAUCCAAAACUGACAGGAAGUUGGUUGAGUUGAAUCACUACUGUGCACAUGCUGACGAUGGUUGUGGUAGUUGCAACUGCAGUAUAGAUACUGGAUUUAGUGAGACUCUAUUGAACAGUAAAGUUGAAAAUCAGAUUGUCAAUGAGUACAGUGAACUUCUUACUACCCAGCUUGAGAACCAAAAAAUAUAUUUUGAGUCUUUACUGCAAGAAGUUGAAGAAGAAACUGAAAGGGAAAUAUCUGAAGCUAUUGAGAAGGCUGCCACUGGCAAUCAGAAACUGCAGAAGAUGCAAGCCAAGCUAGAUAAAUGUGAUCAAGAGAAGAGUUUUUUUGAUGAGAUCAACAAGAGUCUUUUGAAAAAUCAGGACAUAUUGAAGGCAAGUAUAGUGGAAAUUGAAGAAAGGGAGAAGAAGACUUUAAAACUGAAGGAUGAUAAAAUACGAGAAUUGGAGGAACAGCUUGGAAAUUUGAUGGUGUGCCUUGAAGCCGGUAGUACUGUGGAACAGCUGUCAUAAUCAGAUUAAAUCAAGGAUGGCAGUAUCUUGCCAAUGCAAAUAGAGUCCUCAAGAAAUAGCACUCAACGGUCCACACAGGCUGAUGCUUGGAGGAUAUUCUGGUUCCUGCUGUAUUAAAUCAAAUAAAAUGGCAACAUGUUUCCGGUUGAAAAGUGGUCAAACAUUUUUUUAAAAAUUUUAGAUUUAAAGGGGAUUUGAUUUGUAGUUUAGUUUAGUGAUGUCAUAAUAGAUGGUGAUAGCUAAUGAACGUUAACCAGCAUUCUUUGUGGUUAAUUUGGAGGUCCAUUUUUUUUUGGUAAAGCUGACUACGUAAAGAACUAUACGCUACCCGCACUUAUUGUAAAUUUUUAUGUCAAAUAGAAAUGUCAAUACAAUUAGUGUA